AUGGCAUUUGUCCCUGAUCUGGACACACUGGAGAGCAGCAGGCUCUCACCCCAUGUCCCUUCUCCUCCCCAGAAACCCCGCCUGGACUCGGAGGUGACAUCUCCUGGCGUGGGCAUCCAGGUGACGGUGACUAAGGGCCACUCUGCCAGGACCUUUCGCCAGGCUGCCAUCCUCGUGGUGGCCGCGACCAAGCUCCUGAAGCAGCCAGCACACAGGAAAAAAGACUUUGCUGACAGUGACCUUGGGAAUUUCCUGGAUGAAAUUUUUGAGCCCAUCACCUUCCAGCAGAUCGAGAGCAGCUACACCGGGGCGCCCGUCUACCGCUACACCCGCUCCCAGUCCUUCGACAUCUUUGACAUCGACCACAAGUGCUUCGUGCUGGAGUCACCCACUCAGCUGGUGGCCCUGCACCUGCAGGGACCCUCCGCUGGACGGAAAGUGAAGCUCAACAUCGCUCUGUACCGGCCCCGGCCAUCGCAGGGUGGUUCAGGGACCGGGCAAGUGCCGGUGGCCUUGGGCAUCAAGGGCUACCAACUCUACAUGUCGUGCGUGCUGAGCGGCACCGAGCCCGUGCUGCAGCUGGAGGAAGCUGACGUCAGGAGGGACAUCGAGAGCGUGGAGCUGACCCGCUUCAUCUUCUACCGCCAGGACAGCCCGACCGAGGGGACGACCCGCUUCGA